GCAGGCCUACAGUAGGCGGACGGAAUGAUUUGACUGCGUGGGCGGGGAGCGCUACAUUCUGAUCAGACUUGAGGUGACGACGGUGUGAAGGGAGAGCUGAUGUCUUGAUCAAGAAAAUAUGUGUUCAUGUGUUUUGCUUUGAUUUACUGGAUUACUUGACAUGACAGCGAAGAAACAACGUUUUAUUUUAAUACAAGAAUACACUAAGGAAGAGAAGUCUGUCCAUAUUUGGGCCUACUUGUUUGACUUAGCAGGUGGUGCCUGUGGAAAGAAGGGAACAGACGACUGACAGGUCGCAGGUUCCUAUCAGGGCCCAAUCCAGACUGUCCAGGCCCUGUGUCUACUUCACAAGGCCACCCAUUGCGCUGCGCCUCCCCCCCCCCCCCGUGCCAUGGCUUCAACCACACGGCCCCCAAAUGGCUGCGGCGCCAACAUCCAGUCUCUCUACUUCAACUUGUGUGACCUGGAGGCAGUGUGGGGCGUUGUGGUGGAGGCCUUUGCCGCCGCUGGCAUCGUCUGCUCGUUUGUGUUGCUCAUCAUCCAGAUGGCGAGCCUGCCGUUUGUGCAGGACAAGACGCGCAAGAGCAUGACCCUGCUGCAGGCCAGCUUCCUGGUGUUCACGCUGGGCCUGUUCGGCCUGUCCAUCGCCUUCAUCGUGGGCCGGGACUUCACCACGUGCGUGGUGCGCCGCUUUCUGUUCGGCGUGCUGUUCACCGGUUGUCUGGCGUGUCUGCUGAUGCACGGCCUGUGGCUGUUUCUCCUGGAGCGUCAGGAGCGCGGGCCGCGCGGCUAUCUCCUCUGGCUGGGCGCCCUGGCCGUGUGGCUAGUGGAGGUCAUCAUCAACACUGAGUGGAUGAUCAUCACGGUGGCGCGCACCCCCGUGAGCAAGGCGGCCGUGACGUCCGAGUUCCUCUCGUGCCGCAUCACCAACAAGGACUUCGUCAUGGCGCUCAUCUACGUGAUUGUGCUGCUGGUGGCCGUGGUGCUCAUGGCCGUGCCGUCGCUCACGCACAAGCACCGGAGCCUCCGCCGCGACGCCAUCUACAUCCUGCUGACCGGCGUCCUCUCCAUGAGCAUCUGGAUCACCUGGAUCGUCAUGUACAUCCAUGGCAACCGGAUAGUGGGGGACGCCACCUGGGACGACCCUACCUUAGCCAUCGCCCUGGUGUCCAACGGAUGGGUGUUCCUGGUGCUCUACACCAUCCCCGAGAUCUGCCUGCUCAGCUAUGAGAACCAGAGCGCAGAGGAACAUGAGCAUGAGGACCACCUUUACCCCACCAGGGGGGUGGUGUAUGAGAACAUUCUGAGGGACCAGACUCAGGUUGAGCAGAACAUGUACAUAGAAAACAAGGCCUUCACUAUGGAUGAGCCUAGCACAGCCAAGAAGUUUGCUUCUCCGUACAGUGGUUAUAAUGGCCAGCUACGUGGCGGUGUAUACCAACCAACUGAACUAGCGCUGAUCUCCAAAGGUCUUACCAAUAGGGACUUCUCCCAUGAGCCAGUAUUCCCCAGAGCUGCCGCUCCUCCGCCUGGGCAGGGCAGGAGUGGCUCUCUGCCCAAAACACCACAGCCGCUCCCCCUCAUAGGCCUGGCUCACACAAGCAGUGGAAAUGGCUUACAUAAGCAGUGGUGAAUGAAGUGCAGCAGCAUCGUGGAUAUUUGCCUCUUAGUUUGUCCUUUAUGUCAUUUCGUCACUGUUGGUAACUGAUCUGAACUGAAGUCACAGAAGGGCUGUGAGAAAGGGCCCUGUCCAGAGGAAAUGACCCCCCUGCUGGAAAGAGUGUUUCUGAUGUCCUCAAUCGCCCAGCAUCCCACGACUGGUAGCAGAGCCCCACCACAUCCCCAAAUUCCAGCCUUCGCGGCACUCCCAACCCAGAGGUCACAUACCAUGUGGGGGGGUGCAAAUAGUUGAAUUGGAUUUGUUACUGAUGAUACAAUUAACCACACAAAGAAAAGUGUAAGCUAAACUGAAAUGCAGCCUAUUUCUCAUUUGGUUCUAUGUGAUCAGUCACUAUUUUUAUUAGCAUACCUAUUCUCUUUUCGGUUACCAUGUCAGCAGUAGUCACUAUUGCUCCAUGGUUUAUAUGGACCUAUUGAAGGGGGUCAGGGACACUGAAUGCAAUUAAUUUUGAGCCAAUAUGUUAAUCAAAGAAAUAUUAUAUCAAGCAUAGCCAUUUCCAAAGAUGCUGCAGCUUAUAAUUAUUUGUAAAUAGGGAAGAUCAUUUCAGUCAAGCAUUGGUUAAUGUUAGUGAUGGUCAAGCUUACACUAGUUUAUAGUGUGCAAGAGUGAGUGCAGGCUUUUUAACCUUUAAUCAAGCAUAUCUGUACUGUUAAGCAAUGUUUAAUCAAGUUUUUAUACCAUAACUAUGAUGACUAUGCUUUAAGAUACAAAUCCUUCAAAUAUGAUUGAUAGUUUAGU